UUCUCGGGACAGCUUCUCCAUCGGCCCCUCCGGAGUCCGGCUCGCACGGGGGAGUGGCGGCGCGCUCAGCCAAUUGCCGCUUGGAAAAGGUGCCUUCUGCAUCCCAUUGUAUGUACCCUAUGUGCUGACGGGCCGCUGGACCUUUGGCCGGGGCCUCUGCAAGCUAUGGCUGGUGGUAGACUAUCUGCUGUGUGCCUCCUCAGUCUUCAACAUCGUGCUGAUCAGCUAUGACCGAUUCCUGUCAGUCACUCGAGCUGUCUCCUACCGGGCCCAGCAGGGGGACACACGACGGGCAGUGCAGAAGAUGGUACUAGUGUGGGUGCUGGCCUUCCUGCUGUACGGGCCUGCCAUCCUGAGUUGGGAGUACCUGUCCGGUGGCAGCUCCAUCCCCGAGGGCCACUGCUACGCUGAGUUCUUCUACAACUGGUACUUUCUCAUCACGGCCUCCACUCUCGAGUUCUUCACACCGUUCCUCAGUGUCACCUUCUUCAACCUCAGCAUCUACCUGAACAUCCAGAGGCGCACCCGCCUCCGGCUUGACGGCGCCCGUGAGGCUGGUCCAGAACCCCCACCUGACGCCCAGCCCUCACCACCUCCAGCUCCCCCCAGCUGCUGGGGCUGCUGGCCCAAAGGGCAUGGGGAGGCCGUGCCACUGCACAGGUAUGGGGUGGGCGAGGCAGGCCCUGGUGUGGAGGCUGGGGAGGCUGCUCUCGGGGGUGGCAGUGGUGGGGGCGCUGCUGCCUCACCCACCUCCAGCUCUGGCAGCUCCUCGAGGGGCACUGAGAGGCCACGCUCACUCAAAAGGGGCUCCAAGCCAUCAGCGUCUUCAGCAUCCCUGGAGAAGCGCAUGAAGAUGGUGUCCCAGAGCAUUACCCAGCGCUUUCGGCUGUCACGGGACAAGAAGGUGGCCAAGUCUCUUGCCAUCAUUGUGAGCAUCUUUGGGCUCUGCUGGGCCCCGUAUACACUCCUAAUGAUCAUCCGAGCUGCUUGCCAUGGCCACUGCAUCCCCGACUACUGGUACGAGACGUCCUUCUGGCUUCUGUGGGCCAACUCAGCCGUCAACCCUGUCCUCUACCCGCUGUGCCACUACAGCUUCCGCAGAGCCUUCACCAAGCUCCUCUGUCCCCAGAAGCUCAAGGUCCAGCCCCAUGGCUCCCUGGAGCAGUGCUGGAAGUGAGCAGCUGCUCCACUCUUCUGCGGCUGUACCUGUGUAUUUGUUUCAUGGGCAGCCCCAGGGGUGGGCCCUGCCUUGUCCAUGGCCGCUCUAAACGCCACGAUAGCCUCUUAGAUCAUCAGCCCUGCAGUGGGGCAGCCUGGUAGGCUGGCUAGGGGCCCUCACUGGUGGAACUGGAGCAUGCUGGCUGGCUCUGCCGCCACAGUCUCCAUCACCCCAGAAGAGACAAUCCAGGAGUCCCAGGCAUGCAUGCCACCUCCACAGACAACGCAGUGCCAGUGGGGUCCCUUUUUGCACACUUAGUGGUUGGUGUCCUCUCUAAUGCAAACCUUGGUGUGUGCUCCAGGCUCCUGCCCCAGCAGUGUGCCCUGCAUGUGCACACAACUGCCGCACACCCACCACACACUGCAACUCUCCCCUCUCCCAGACAACCUGGGGAUGAUGCCCUUUGCUGCCUUUGUCUCUUGCUUAAGCCCAGAGCCUAGUUCCUUUAACCUUAUCCCUUCAACUCUUUGCCCCACAAAGUGUCAAGUGCCCCAGGAACCUUGAAGCCUUUCUCUGCUUUUCCAUUCUGGAUGUUUUCAAGGAAGAUGGAAGAGAAGAAAACACGUCUGUGAACUUGAUGUUCCUUGGAUGUU